AUGCAAAUGCUAGGAAGCAAAAGAAUAAGCAAAAAGAAACUGAACGGUUUGCUGCUCUCCUCCAUCUCUGAGACUGCAAACCUGAUCAAGAUGCAUCAAGAACAUCAAACAAUUGCUGAGGCCGAUGUCGUUCAUCUUCUUCAGACAUCUCAAACACGACGAGCACUUCUUUGGGUUGAGAGGGUGAUGAAAGAGCAAAACAUGCUUGAUGUGCUUCUCAUUGUCCAAAUGAGUCUCCAACUCUUAUCUGAGAAAGUUGUUCAGAUUCAAAUUCACAGAUUGUGUCCUAAUGAGUUGAGAGAAGUAGUGGCAAGCUUGAUUUUUGCAGCACCAAGGUGUGGAGAAUGCCCUCAACUAAGAAAACUGAGCUUACGACUUCAGUCAUGGUUUCUCAAACACUCAUUUGCAACUGCAACUGAAGCUAAUCAGCAGAUGGUGGACUUGCUGUCAACCAAACAGCCAAGCUUGGACAGCCGGUUGCAGGCCCUGCAUCUCAUUGCAAAAGACAAUGGAAUCACUCUCAAUCCUAACAACAUUCUCUUGUCUGAAUUUGAUUGA